GGAAGCUGUCAGCAAUAUGGGGAGACCUGGGCACAUCAAGAACCAAAUGGGGCCUGUUCCUCAGCCCAUUCCCAGGCCUACCACCAGAAGGAUGCAGUUCCAUCAACUAAUUGCCCUAGCGCGAAAUAUGACAGGACACACUAUCUGUGGCCUCCGCUAAUGGCAGAGGCUACAGGGAAACCCAUCCUUUGCUGUGGCUGCUACGCUGAAGGACGGUCCUCAGCAUCCAGAUAUCCUAAACCACUGGUACCACUUGAGAAGCCGGCGAAGGAGGUAGUAUCACCAGAGACAACCAGUACUUUUGAGAAGUUGGAGGUUGCACCACCAUCUCCAGGACAACUGAAACAUGUGUUCUUCCACAAUGCAUUACCUUUUGUAGGGUUUGGAUUUUUGGAUAACGCAAUUAUGAUUGCUGCGGGAACCCAAAUAGAGUUGUCAAUUGGAGUUGUCCUAGGAAUUUCAACUAUGGCAGCUGCAGCUUUGGGAAACCUUGUUUCAGAUUUAGCUGGACUGGGUCUUGCAGGUUACGUAGAAGCUUUAGCUUCACGGCUGGGUCUGUCAAUCCCUGAUCUGACACCCAAACAAGCUGAUAUGUGGCAAACGCGUCUCAGUGCACACUUGGGUAAAGCUAUUGGAGUGACCAUUGGCUGCAUUUUAGGAAUGUUUCCUUUGUUGUUCUUUGGCGAUGAGGAAGAAAAACUGGAAGAAAAAAAUUAACCUUUUUACAAGACAUAUACAAAUGUAAACUACUGUACCUCAAUUAUGCUGUCAAUAUUUAGGAAUUAACAGACAGUAAAAAAAUGUAUAGACUUGGGAACAAAACCUUCAGCAUGUCGUUUUAUGGAAACACUAAUUUAUUGUGGCUUUGUUGUGUUCAGUACUUCUUUUUAUAAGAGAUCAUCUAACUUUUUAUUUAAUUGUAAAUUUUUGAAGUGUUUUCACUUAUGGCAACUGGUGUUUACCACUUUCCCCUUUGACCUUAUUCUUUAAUGGAGUAUUAGUUUAAUAAUCCACCAUGGAUGACAGUACCACUCUUCGGUUGCAUAUUGGUUGCUUAACAGUUGUAAUUGCAUGACAAAAAAUUCACCGCUGUUCGUCAGGUCCUUCAAUACAGAUUAUUAAGGAGGUCAGUGAUGAGUAAUUUGGCUGCUUGCCCCCUCACCAGCCAUCGUUUUGCACUGCCUUUAGAUUAGAUAUUUCAGUGAUCUAUGACAGUCUAGUUUGCAUUUUUUUCACAAUUCUAAGUGUCUCUGAAUUGUCUUCUGAGGUAAUUUUAAUGCUUUGACGAGGUAAAUGUUUCCAGUGUAGGCUCUUUACCAAGUCCAUUUUUUUUAGUGGUGUUAUAACACCUUUAUACUUCCAUAUUCACGCCUCUUUUUUUUUUUCCUUUGUAAACAAUAUUUUGAGAACUGAGUUGAGAGAUCCCUAAGUUUGUUGUCCUGAGUUUUGAGUGUGGUAUUAAAGAAUUCAGACCAACUGUUUCAAAACCACAAACAACUUGUUUUAUUGUUCUGCUUAAAACAAGGUGUGAAUAGUUGAUUGGGUGGAUGAGGCUGGGAACCCUUCAGGGUAUGAAUGAGUGCUGGCAGUGUAAGUUUGUAAUGGGUGGUUCAGUUGAAACAGUAUAAAGUGUAUCAUCAGUCUGGAUUAGAAGGACCUGAUUGCAGAUUGUAACUUUGUAUUUAAGAUUAAGCCUUUGCUACUUUUUUUUUUUGCUGUGAGACAAUUAGUAAAAAAAAGCCCCAAACAACAAAAAAAGGAGACUUGAGGCCUUUUUCCUUUUUUGCCUUUUAUUUUUGCAGUCUUACUUGGUGUAUUAGAGAUCUGACAGUGCAGUCACAUGUAACUGUGCUUUUUUAUAUGGUCAUGAAUAAAUUGAUUACAACUAUUGAAUAUUCAUAAUACUUCAGGAUCUGACUUGCCAAUAGCAUAAUGCUAAGCUGAUAACUGUUGAUUAGAGGAGAGGGUUUCUUACCUGUUUGAAUACCAUUUGGAAAAGACACUAAAAAGAGAGGCACAGGCAGGGCACUUUGAAAGUUUUAUUGCUGGAAUUGUUAGCACUUCUGAAACCUAGAAAGAAAUGUUAAAAAAAAAAAAAGGUCCCCUGAUGACUUUUAUUUGCUAUAGGAAAAGUCUUAUUGUAACGUGUACAUUUUACAGACCUCAUUGCUUAUUUCUUGGUCACAAAUCUGACUUCUCUGUCCUCAUUUCUAGAAGCCCUUUAACAGCAGUACUGAAACUUUGACAUCAACCUUUAAGGAAGGUGACAGUGUUGUAUCUGUUUUUUUGAAAAGCAGACUUUGAAAACUUGCAGUGAGUAGUCCUAGUAGCAUGUACUGUACUUUGUACAUUAAACCAUGAGAAUCUGGACCAAACUGUAAAACUGAAAGAAAUCUCAGCCAGGCAUAGAACAGAAAUGCAGAAGAGUUUUGGCUUGCAUUUUCAAAGUUGGAAGCUUUAUUUAAAAAAAAACCAAACAAACAACAAAAACAAAAAAAACCCACAAAACUGAACUAAAACAACAAAAAAACCUCCAACCACAAAAAAACCCACACAAACCAAUCCUGCUAGAAAAUUAUGCCCUCUUUCCCCAACAGAUUGCUGCUGGUUUACAGUACUUCAGUGAUCUUUUUUUUUUUUCUCUCAUCCACACAUUUGUCUUGCCUUAAACUCUAACUUUUCUUCCUCUGCAUGUACUGUUGUUUCUGGUAUGUUUGUAUACAAAGCUGUAAGCAUUUCCCACGUGUUCUUUUUUUAAACCGAAGUACACAUCAAAGCAAUUUUGCAUAGUUUUUUUUGUAGCUGUUUUUACAGUAAUUCCAACACUGUUUCCCAUUAUGACACUGGCAUCUCCAUUGGAAUCUUCCAGCAGUGGCCAAACCUCUGUUCUUUGCCGUCAUACCAAAUGGAACACUGUUUUCAUCCCCUUUUUUAGAGCUUGUGAGAACAAUCAGAAGGCUGUGUCAGCUGUCAUAGUAGUGUUCAUUUUCUAAUGGCAAUAGGAAAGACCACGUACUAUUGUUAAAUAGCUUGUAAAUGUAAAUUGAGUAUGUUUUGUUGCUGUAUGUCAAACUAUUGUACUGCAACCAAUGCUUUUAUCAAGAAUUAAUGAACUAAAAUAUCUUCAAAGAAAUUAAUCAUGUGUCGUCUUGUUAAACUAUUUAGCUAACCACAAAAAUGUGGAGGGCAAGUGACACAUGGUAAGAAAUCUUGGGUAUUUCAGGCUGUUGUCUGAUACCAUAAUCAAGAAGGUGACUUCUAGGGUUUCAAUAUUUGACAAACGAGAAGAAAUAACUCGUGAUUUCAGAGGAAUAGUGGCUCUGCUGGAGGCUGAGAGAACGUGCUUGUUGGGGCCAAGCUGCCACCGUGAGUACAGUAGGGGUAGCUUGCUUUGCCUGCAGGAUCCACUCUUGCGUGGACGUGGUAAUGCUUUGUGUGGAAGGGAAGAUCUGUUCCUGAUCUGUACUCUGUCUCCUUACAAGGAGGGUGGGUUUUUCUGGGGUAUAUGGGUGAAAGUAAUCCCUGAUGCUCUGAUCAAACUGCUUAAAACACUUAACUUGAGAAGACAGAGCACUAACAAAAUACUCCUCUUUGUUUUCUGUUGUCUUCUCCCUCCUUGAUAAAAGGAAAAACAAACACUACAGGCUUAUUCAGAGACUUCAGUAUUGCUGUUUUUUUGAUUCUAUCAGUCUGUCCUAUGUUAACAGGAAUUUUUCACGUUAAAGGGCUGGUAAACCUGAAAUUGUGUUUAUUUUAAAAUGCUGUCUCUUACUGUAACUUAAGAUAUAAAUGUAUUUUUGACUGUAUGUUAUCUCUAGGGACAAAGAACAUGCAUCUGAUAAUAUGGUUACCCAAAUCUCCUCGCCAAUCUUUUCUCAUUCAUGUACUUUUACAUAAAUUAUUUGAAUUCAGACAACA